AAUUCAGGGUUGGAAAUGAAAUUAUUUCUUUUUACAGGUACCAUCUGGACUCAGCAGAUAUUAAGCUUGAUUUAUUUUGAGGGACAUCGUAACAGAACUGAAGACUUGUCAACGCUUGAUAGAAUCCCCUUCUUUGAAUACAAUUUACGCAAAAUAGACUUUCUCAACAGACCGUCUCCUCGCCUCUUCUGUUCCCACCUCCCAUAUUAUUUAGUACCGAAAGGUCUCAAGAGCAAAAAAGCUAAAAUUAUUUACGUCUACAGAAACCCCAAGGAUGUUAUGAAUUCAUACUUUCAUUUUUCAAAUGUGGUGGUCACGCUUGAAGAUGUGAAUAAUAUGGAACAUUUCAUGAAAAGGUUUCUAGAUGGAAAUGUAGUAGGAAGCCGUUGGUUUGAUCACAUCAGAGGCUGGUAUGAGCACAGACAUGACUUCAGUAUUCUGUUUAUGAUGUAUGAGGAAAUGAAAAAGGAUCUCAGAAGUUCUGUGCUUAAAAUCAGCCGUUUUCUUGAGAAAGAACUGAGUGAAGAGGAUGUGGAAGCUAUUGUAAAACAGGCUACAUUUCAGAACAUGAAGUCUGAUCCCAAAGCCAAUUAUGAUGAGAUUCUAAAAUAUGAAGUUGGGAAAAAAACAGAUGAGGGACAUUUUCUUCGCAAAGGUGAUGCUCAGGGGUUUUUAGAAGCAAAAGUGUUGAGAGUUCCAUGAUUGCUUGGCCCCUACACUAAUUAAGGCGUGUUUUUACCGUGUCUUUCUACGUACAGUACUGUCAUUUGGAACCUGGAGAGAAUCAAAGCUCUUAACUGCCAAUGGCCCUGAAAAGUAUCCCAGGAAACUACACAAUUUUUUAGUACAUAGUCUAACACUUGAACCUAAUUAAUCAAUAUUACAUUCCUUCCUUUUAGUCUACAUGUCCCUACUCUUUAAAAUUGGUUAGCAAGUCUUACCUCAAGGUGAUGU